AGUGAAUUUGAAAGCAUAGCUCUGGCCAGUUGAUGAACCACGGUUCGGUCUCUUACCGUGUCUGGAUAGUUUUACGAUCUGUUUCCUUUAGCCUAUCUCUGCCGGACAAAUGCCGUUCCAGAGAUUCGUCGAGACGGGCCGCGUCGCCUACAUAGCCGAUGGACCUUUCAAAGGCAGAUUAUGCUGUAUUGUUGAUGUCAUCAACCAGACCAAAGCUCUUGUCGAUGGUCCAGAGACUGGUGUACCCAGGCAAGGGAUUAGGUUAAACCAACUGCAUCUGACUAAGUUCAGGCUCAGGUACGGUUUCACAGCGUCGACCAGGGAAGUCAGGAAAAAAUGGAAGGAGGCCAAUAUGGAUGAGAAGUGGGCCAACAGCUCAUGGUCGAAAAAAGUCGAGGCCAAAAAGAAGAGGAAGGAACUGACAGACUUUGACAGAUUUAAACUGGACAAUGCCAGGAAAGUGAGGAACAAGAUGCGCACCUCUGCAUUCCUCUUCCUUAAAAGGAAAGCCAAGAGCGCAAAUAAGCCUGCUUCUGCCAAAAAGCCUGAAGCAAAAAAAGCCGCCCCUAAAAAGGCAGCCAAGGCUAAAUAAGCUUUAAUGACAUAUACUUAUUUUAAUUUGUAAUAAAUGUUUUUAAAGCUA